AUGGCUGCCUCCACCCCCGCCCAGUCCCUCGAGCACCGCGCACAGAACGCAGAGCAGGUCGGCGAGCACAAGCUCCACGGCCUCGUCCAGGAGGACGCCGACUCCACCGAAUCCGGCCUGCGAUAUGGCAACUGCCUAUCUUCGUCGUGUCAGGGACAUCGUGCGAGCCGGGAGCCGAUACACUGCAUACAGCAAGUCCAGCCCAACCUCUCCUGCCCUCCUACUGACCUCCCUACAGCCAGCGACGUCGGAGAAGCUUUCCGCCCUGUCGUCCCCCCAUGGGUCGUGACUGCAGCCUACGGUGUAUCGUGGGCCUAUCUCAUCGGAGAUGUCUCCUUUACCACCUACAAAUCCUCCCAGCUCGGUCCUUCGCCGUUAGAAGCCGCCAACGUGUCAGAGCCCACCCGUCUCUCCAUGGUGGCUGUGAAAAGGACAGUUUUCCAGGGUUUGGCGUCCAUGGCGUUGCCGGCGUUUACCAUCCACACUGCCGUCAGGUACGCGGGCAGGGCGUUUGCAAAGAGCGGGAACGUAGCGGCGAGGAGAUGGGGGCCUACCGUUGUUGGAAUCGGAAUCGUGCCUGCCCUGCCAUAUCUCUUUGAUCACCCGGUCGAGCAAGCUACCGAUGCCGUCUUUGACAAGCUUGAAGAGAGCUUUUUCCGAGGCGGUCCCGUUCCCGAGCCCAAGCGCGAAUUAUAG